AUCAGGCGUCGAGUUAAAAAGAGUUUAGUGAAGUAUCAGAAAAAAAAAAAAAAGAAAAAGAGAAAUAGAAAAAAGAAAAAAACGAAAGGCAAAGUCCUGAGAAAAACAGUAUCGCCUUGUUUUAACAGGUAAACCAAUACAUAGAAAUCAUAAUGAAUCGUUGGGAAGGAAAAGUCGCGGUCGUGACUGGUUGCGCAUCCGGAAUCGGCAAAGCGAUUACGCGUGCUCUACUUGAAAGGAAGAUAAUCGUAGUUGGUUUGGAUAUUCAGAACAAGGAAGAGAAAGAAAUGGCUGACAAUAGAGAGAAUAGAUAUUAUCCUCUUCGUUGCGAUAUUACCAAUGAGGACGAUGUGGAUGCUGCCUUUUUAUUUAUCCAAAAGAAAUUUAACGGAGUUGAUAUUAUGGUGAAUAAUGCCGGUAUUAUAGAAUUUUGUCCUAUUAUCGAAAGCAACAAGAAGACAUUUGAAAAGCUGUUAAAUAUUAAUGUACUCGCAAUGGCUGUGUGUACGAAUCGUGCGGUACGUUCGAUGCGAGAGAGGAACGUCGAAGGGCAUAUUUUCAAUAUCAACAGUAUUCUAGGACAGAAUAUAUACCCACCUCUUUAUCCCGACAUCCCCGGCCAUAACGGAUGGAAUUUGUAUUCUGCUUCUAAACAUGCCACAAUCGCAUUAACGAAUACAGUAAGACAUGAAUUGUGCGCUAUUAAAUCGCCCAUUAAAAUUACAAGUAUUUGUCCAGGUAUCGCGAAAACUAAUUUAAUGAAUAGAUUUCUGGCCAUUAAAGAAUUACUUAUUAAACAAUCAACACUUUUACCGGAAGACAUUGCCGAUGCAUUAGUUUAUGCACUUGGAACACGUCCCGAGGUUCAGAUUACAAAUAUAACAAUACAACACAUAAGAGAAGCAUAAUCAAUUAAGUUUUUAAGGAUAUUUAAAAUGAAACAUUAUACUGGCUGUUAAA